GGUUAGAUUUUUCUGCAGAAGAAGAAACCGGUGGAUUGACAUGCAGAUCAACAUGGCAAGUGCAUAUGACACCCUAGCAAUUUUCCUCUUUUUGUCAACCCUUUUCUGUACUCCAGUAGUAAUUUCCACAUCAACCGACGGGCUUGUUAGGAUUGGACUAAAAAGAGUAAAAUUUGAGCGAACCGAUCGUUUUGCUUCACACCUUGUUUUGAAUGAUGGUGAUUACUUAACGACGUCUAUUCGGAAGUAUAGACAAAGUGCUAAAAAACAUGGUGAUUCCGAAGACUCGGAUAUUGUUGCAUUGAGGAACUAUAUGAAUGCUCAAUACUUUGGUGAGAUUGGCAUCGGCACCCCACCUCAAAAGUUCAAUGUGAUCUUUGACACGGGUAGCUCUAACUUGUGGGUGCCAUCGUCAGAAUGCGCUUCGGUAUCUUGCUUUUUCCACGCAAAAUACAAGUCAAGUCAGUCAAGCACCUACAAAGAAAAUGGAAAACAUGCUAGUAUCGACUAUGGUAGUGGAUCAAUAUCUGGAUACUUUAGUGAAGACAACAUCAUAGUUGGGGAUAUAGUAAUUGAGGAUCAGGAUUUCAUUGAAGCAAUAAGCGAACCUGGUAUUACAUUACUAGGAGGGAAGUUUGAUGGUAUCCUUGGGCUUGGAUUUAAGGAGAUCUCUCUUGAUAAUGUUAUCCCAAUAUGGGACAAUAUGGUCAAUCAACAUCUAGUUAAGCAACACAUUUUUUCAUUUUGGCUUAACCAAAGAGGUAAAGAAGGAGAAGGGGGUGAAAUCAUCUUUGGUGGUGUUGAUCCAAAUCACUACAAAGGUGUGCACACAUUCGUUCCCGUCACUCAAAAGGGAUAUUGGCAGUUUGAUAUGGACGACGUACUUAUCGGUGGGCAAUCAACUGGGUUUUGUAAAAACAAAUGUGCAGCUAUUGUUGAUUCUGGAACUGCCUUGUUAGCUGGACCGACGAGUGUGAUCACCCAGAUAAAUCAUGCCAUCGGGGCUCAAGGAAUUGUAACCGAGGCGUGCAACGGUUUUGUCUCUAAUUUUGGACACAUAAUAUUUGGGCUGCUUUCGACAUUUGUCAAUACGAAGACGAUAUGCCCAUUUAUUGGAUUCUGUUUUCUUGAUGGGGAUCACGAAGUUAGUAUUGGCAUUGAGAGUGUUGUAGAUAGGAGUGAUGGUGUAUCGCAUCCAUCUGUAACCGCGCCAAAUUGCCUUCUCUGUAAAGCAAUAGUAGGGCUUAUGCAUAAAAUGAUCGCCAACAACAACACACAAGAAAUGAUUUUAAAAACAUUGGGCAAUCUAUGUAAACUGGUGCCCGUCCCAGUAGAAGAGUCGAUGGUUGACUGUGCUAGACUUUCUUCUAUGCCUAGUAUUUCGUUCACCAUUGGUGGCAAAGAAUUUGAACUUUUACCUAAUGAGUACAUACUUAAGACCGGGGAGGGUGAGGAUGCACACUGCUUUAGUGGUUUCAUGCCUUUGGAUAUUCCUCCUCCACGUGGGCCACACUGGAUAUUAGGUGAUUUGUUUAUGCGUCGCUACCACACUGUGUUUGAUUAUGGCAAUCUAAGAGUUGGAUUUGCAGAAGCUGCGUGA